UCGGCAAGCGCUGUGAAGAAGAAGGAGAAGAAGCUAUGAGCUCACCGGCGGAGCCGAGACGGCUGAGGGGCCACAGAGCGACGGCGACGUGCUGCAUCGCCUCCCGCGACCGCCCCGGCCUCGUCGCCACUGCCGGCGAAGAUGGUUGCGUUUGCUGGUUCGACAUGCGUUGCAAGGACGUCCAGCUCGUCAUGGAGAUUGGGAAGGAACCCGUAUCGUCCCUGUGUUUCAAGCCUGGUAAGGAGGAUACCAUAUAUGUUUCGUCUGGAAAGGAAGUCAAGUGCUUCGAUGUUCGUCUGGGUACCUCAUGGACGCCAUUGGAGUGUUAUGAUUACAACAAAGAAGAAAUAAACCAGAUUGUAUGCAGCUCAAAGUCAUUCCUUGCUGCAGCAGAUGAUGGUGGCGAGAUAAAGAUUAUUGACAUUCGUCAGCAAUGUCUUUACAAAACAUUAAGAAAUGGCCAUUCAAGUAUUUGUAGCAGCGUGCAGUUUCUCCCUUGGAAACCUUGGGAAGUCAUCACUGGAGGCCUUGAUUCAAAGCUAGUGAUGUGGGACUUCUCCAAAGGGAGACCUUUCAAAGUUGUAGACUUAGGGUCAUCUGAAAUGAAAAGUGGCAGUAGCACAGGGCAAUGCUUCAAUCCUGCUUUUGUUCACUCAAUAGCUGUUCCAGAUGUUGAUAUCCUGGACAAGUUGGGCAAAAUCUGUGUUGUGGCACGGGGUGAUGGUGGCAUCGAUGUAAUGAACAUUGGAUCGGAACUUGCUGCUAGCAGGACAAAAAAUUCUGUUAAACCCCGGAAGGGAUCUCACUCCCAAUCAAGUGAUGCAGAAAAUACAGAUACUCGGGGGAGAUUACACUUGGAUUACACUGUGGGCGGUCAUACUGCUGCUGUUUCUUGUGUGGCAUUUUCGAUGUUUGGUGAGCGGGGAAGUUCAUAAUCUCGGGGAAAUGAUAAAUCCAUCAAGUUGUGGAAUCUGUUCAAGUACAUUGAUAUGGACCAAAGUGGCAGCCAAAGUGAUCAUCGUGAUCUCGUACAUCUGAACAUCAAUCUCAGCAGAAAAGUGAAUUGGCUGUGCACAACUCCUGCUGCAACUGAGAACCUCGUUGUCUGCGACACAACCAAAGUGAUCAAAGUCUAUAGUGUUUCCUAGUUGUGCAGCCCAAAGCUGUGGAAAGCAGGAGCUUCUCUGCCACAUGACGGAGGACACUCUCGAUGAGCUGUUGGCGCUUUUUAUGUUCACGAUUGUCGUAUGCUCGGAAUUUAAGGCGAGACCAGCUGAGGACUUGCCCUCAGGUGAACUGCCAUUACUACUCAGCGAUGCGGCUGCUACAUCCUACAGCAGGAGGGCUGUGAGUCUCCACCGAGCGAAGCUUCAAGAAUGCCCUGGGGUAAUAUAGCGUACUGACCUUUCUUAAAGUUGAAAAUUGAUAUAGUCACGGCGAAUGUUGUGCUUUACAUGGUAAUUUAUCCACCAGAGUUCAUCGGUUUUUAUAUUGAUUAAUAGAAUGGCUGAGAUCAAAUCCAUGUCAUCUCUACUUUCUUUUUGCAUCA